AUGCCGGAGCCACUCCACGCCAACGAGGUCAACACGGAGACCGACCCCUCGGUCGCGAAACAAUACGACCGCGAAACACCCAAAGAGCAGCAAUGGAAGGAACUGUACGAGAUGAUCGACGGCAAGAAGAUCAGUAUCCUCAGCACGUACCGUGCAGGCGUCGGACCUGUAGGCCGCUCCAUGGGCGUUGCGAAACGCGUCGGACCCGACAUUCUGUACCUCGCCAACAAGCAUUCACGGAAGUUCUCGGACAUGGAGAAGAACAAGGAAGUCCAGAUUACCUUCCAAGACAGCAAGACGCAGGAUUGGAUCUCCAUCACCGGAACUGCCACGGCCACCAGCAACGACGACCCUCGCAUCCAGGAACUGUACAGUCCCGCAGUGUCGGCCUGGUUCGGCGACCUGAAAGAUGGCGUGCACGAUGGAACAUGGAAGGACCCCCGAAUGAGUCUGAUUGAGGUCCAGAGCAAGUAUAUCGUGUAUUGGAAGAAGGAAACCUCAACCCUGGGAUUCAUGAAAGAAGUUGGCACCGCAGCACUUACCGGCGGCGUUGCUCAGACCGGUGUGCAACGAGAACUGUCGGAAGAGGACAUUAAAAAGGAGCGAGUGUGA